ACAGACAGACGGACAGAGCGAUGCCGCUGCAGACCGAGAUCCUGCGCGAGGUCUGGGCUGCCGACAGCCCCAGUGAAGAGCCAGGGAGCCCCCAGCACAAGCCCAAACAGAAGCUGAAGAAGAAGAGGCAGGAGCCAGGGCUGGAGCCCGAGGCCAAACCGCGGCGGCCGCGGGUGAAGAAGCCGAGUGAGGCAGGGGCUGCAGAGGAGCCUCCAGCCCCGGCACAGGGGGUGAAGAAAGUGAGGAAGAAAAAGGAGGAGAAGGGGGAGGAGGAGAGCGACAAGGACCCCUCCUCCAAACUCACCAAGGAGCCUCGGAAGAAGAAGGAAAGCCUGGCUCCCCGCUCCCAGGCGGCCAAGGGCUCCAAGAAGCCACAAGAGCCGGCUGAGGAUGAGGAUGAUGAGGAAGAGGAAGAAGAGGUGGAGAAUAAAAACCCGCCAAAAAAGCUCAAGAAGAAGCUUCCCAAAGAGCCCCUCUCGGGCGGGGGGGAGAAGAAGCUGAAGCCGAAGGAAGACAAGAGUGACCCUGAGAGCAAAGCCAAAUCUGCCAAAAGCACCAAGAAGGAGCCAAUGUCCGUGUUCCAGGUGAAGAAGGAGAAGAAAAACAAGAAGAAAGCUGACACCAGCAGUGAUGAGGAGGAUGAUUCCGACUCCAGCACCAAACCCAUUAGGUCAGAGAAGAAGAAAAACCCAGCAUCCCUCUUUCAGACUGGUGGGGACCCCCCAAAAGAGAAAAAAUCCAAAAAGAAAGUUCCUCCCAAAGGGGCUGAGAGUGAGGAGGAGACCUCGGAGACCCUGCAGAAAAACUCCAACAAGAAGGGGAAAGCAAAGAAAUCAAAGAAGCAGAAGGAGGAGAGGCCCCCCUCCCCUGUCAUCGAGGUGGACAACCUGGAGGAGUUUGUGCUGCAGCCGGCGCCACAGGGAGUGACCGUCAAGUGCCGGGUGACACGGGACAAGAAGGGCAUGGACCGAGGGCUUUACCCCACCUAUUACCUUCACCUGGACAAUGACAAGAAGGUGUUCCUCCUCGCUGGGAGGAAGCGUAAGAAGAGCAAAACCUCCAACUACCUCAUCUCCAUUGACCCCACCGACCUGUCACGGGGUGGAGAGAACUUCAUCGGGAAGCUGAGAUCCAACCUGAUGGGUACGAGGUUCACUGUGUUCGACAACGGCGCGAACCCCGACAGGGCCAACGCUGACUGGUCCAACGUGCGGCAGGAGCUCUCAGCCGUGGUCUACGAAACCAAUGUUUUAGGGUUCAAAGGCCCCCGGAAGAUGACUGUCAUCAUCCCUGGGAUGAAUGCUGACUGUGAGAGGGUGCCCAUCCGGCCACGGAAUGAUAACGACGGCCUCCUGAUGCGAUGGCAGAACAGGAACAUGGACAACGUGAUCGAGCUGCACAACAAAGCCCCAGUGUGGAACGACGAGACCCAAUCCUAUGUCCUCAAUUUCCACGGCCGGGUCACCCACGCCUCCGUCAAAAAUUUCCAGAUCGUGCACAGCAGUGACCCCGACUACAUCGUGAUGCAGUUUGGGCGUGUGGCAGAUGACGCCUUCACCAUGGACUACAACUACCCCCUGUGUGCCGUGCAAGCCUUCGCCAUCGCCCUCUCCAGCUUCGAUGGGAAACUGGCCUGCGAAUAGCACCGGCACCGGGACUGCCGGGGCCACCGGGGCUGCCGGGACCACCAGUGCCCGGCGGAUGCUCCUGCAUCCCUGUCCUCUUCUGCCCCCUGCAUCUCCACCUUCUCGCAGCCACGGGUGUUCCUGGGGUGGUUCAAGGCACCUGGUGCCCGCUGAGUGCUGUGGGAUGCUCACCCAGAUGCAGCCAUCCUCUCCAGGCAAAUUCAGGGCAAAUCACUGGGCUGGGGUGAUGGCAGAGACAGGCUGGAGGUGUGUUCAUAUACAGCAGAUGAGGCUGACGGCAAUCCCUGACACAUCACUUU